AUGUACCCUCCUUGGGAACUUAGGCCCAAGGACGUGGAGAUCCAUAUCCUGAACUCUAGUGUCUGCACGUCCGACACCCAUAUGAUGGACGAAGAGCGGGUCAAGCUCGUCGGUGGGGUCGUUCCGGGACACAAGAUCGUAGGCAAGGUCAUCGCAGCUGGACCCGAGGCCCUGCAUCAGGUUGGCGAUCGCGUCGGGGCGGGCGUUUUUGGCGGCACUUGCCUCCAGUUCGAGGACUGCGAAGCCGGCUACGAGCUGCUCUGUACUAACGAAAAGUUCGUCUACAACAGUAAGCAUAAGUCUACGUGCGACGCACCCGUUUGUGGCGGCUUUUCUGACCGUAUCCGACUCGACAGCGAGUUCGUCUACAAGAUCCCAGACUCGAUCCCGCUCGAUGAAGUGGUUCCAUUGCUCUGUCCUGGCGCCACAUCGUAUGCUGCUCUUCGAAGAGCCGGUGCGGGGCCCAACAGUGUCGUCGGUAUCAAGGGAAUCGGGAAGAUGGGCCAUCUCGCCAUCCAGUUCGCUAAAGCGUUCGGUUGCAGGGAAAUCGUUGCCUUCGUAGACAGUCCUACUCUCAUGGACGAUGCCCUCGCUCUUGGUGCCGACUAUGUCGUCGAUCUCCAUAACGCGGACCAGAUCAAGACUGCGAUCCACACAAUCGAUCUGAUGUUGGUCAACAGCAUCGACCGCUCAACCAGCUGGACUGACAUCUUCCACCUGAUGGUGAACCGCGGUUUGAUCGUCGUCCUGGCCUCAACUAAGGAUCCUAUCACCCUCCCAACCAUGGAGUUGGUCCAUCGUGAGCUCAAGGUCGAGGGAUUGUCCCAGGGCGGUCGCAGGGAUGUCGGAAAAAUGCUUGCGUUCGCCGCAUCGCACAAGAUCCGUCCCUGGCUAGUGAAAUUCAAGCUUGAGGAUUUCAACAAGGCGAUUGAACUCGAGAAGAAGUGCGAGGCCCGCUAUUCGAUUGUUCUAGAGGUCUCUGAUCAAGAUCCCACGGCACCUCAUUCGGAAGAGAAGAGGGAGGCUGCUGCCGUCGCGGAGACUGGUGAAGAGCCGAGUAAGGUGACGGAGACCCCGCCCGCUGAGACCCCAUCCGCUGAGGUAAAGGAAGCCAAAGCCUCUGAGGCCGAGGCUACUGUAGCCUAA